AUGACUUUUUCAGGUCAUCGAGGGAUUCGGCUAAGAGGAGGAGCUCACUCUUGCGCUGGGAGACUGGAAGUCCAACAUGGAAAGAUCUGGGGAACAGUGUGUGAUGCUGACUUCGACUGGCAGGAUGCUGAGGUGGUCUGUAGGUCCCUGGACUGUGGGGAACCUGCAGAGGUGGUGGGGACAUCCAGAUUUGGUCCAGGAGAGGGACAAGUGUGGGCCGAGGAGUUUCAGUGUCAGGGGAACGAGUCUCAUCUUGUUUUUUGUCCAAAAGCAGCACACAAUCAGAGUUGUGCCCAUGACAAAGAUGUUGGACUGGUGUGUUCUGGGUACACAAACAUUAGGCUAAUGAAUGGUCCUGACCGGUGCUCUGGUAGAGUACAGCUGAGAUACAGUGGAAAAUGGGGGACCGUGUGUAAUGAAUCAUGGGAUAUGAGGGCCUCUGAUGUCCUCUGCCAUCAACUGAAGUGCGGUCAUGCUGUGGGACAGGCCUGGUUUGGGGAAGGAAGUGGCCAAAUCUGGCCUGAUGUAUUUCAAUGCCAUGGGAACGAGACACAACUCUCCCAGUGUGCUGUGUCCCCAUGGAGUCGGGCAGCCUGCUCUCAUGGACAGGAUGUAGGAGUCAUCUGCUCUGGUUCGUCUCCGUCCCUUUCAGUUGGGGGAGUCAGGCUGCUGUCAGGGGGGAGUGACUGUGAGGGCUGGGUGGAGGUCUUCUAUAACCAGACGUGGUGGAGGAUCCACAAGAAGUCCUGGAGCUUCACAGAUAGUUCCGUGGUCUGCAGACAGCUCGGCUGUGGCUCUGCAGUGAAAGUCCGUCCAUCUGGAGUAGGUGAAGAUCACAGAUCUCUCCGGCUGGUGGGGGGUGAUGGAGAGUGUGCUGGGAGGCUGGAGGUUUUCCACAGGGGCUCUUGGGGGACGGUGUGUGAUGACUUCUGGGGUCUGGCAGAAGCUCAGGUUACCUGCAGACAGCUGCGAUGUGGGACAGCCCUUAGCGGGCAGAACCCGGUACCAGCCUACUUCGGCCAAGGAUCUGGACCCAUCUGGCUUGGGCGACUGGGCUGUACAGGAAGCGAGUCGUCCCUGUGGGACUGUCCCUCAGCACGGUUUGAGCAGCAAGACUGUGGUCACAAGGAGGAUGUGGGGGUUGUGUGCUCAGAGCACAAGCUUCUGCAUUUGUCUGAGGGCUGCUCUGGCCAUACAGAGGUCUACUACAAUGGAAGCUGGAGAAGCGGGUGCUUUAAUUACAUGGAAAAGACCACAGCUGCAGUGAUCUGUCAUCAGCUCGGCUGUGGAGACAAGGGGACAGUCGAUGAGACAAUCUCCAGGCUCAGUCCUGAACCUACAGGAGAUGAUGGUCUCAAAUGUCGCCCCCAUGACUCCUCACUGUGGCAGUGUCCAUUCUCACUAUGGGGGCAGAACACUUGUACUGAUAGCAAGAUGGCUAAGAUCCACUGCUCAGAAGCCGAUAAGGUUAAUUCCCCUUUGGACUUCACUGACUGUGGCUCUUCCACUUACAAAAGUUCAUGUUCAGGCCACUUGCCCCUGAGACUCAUGGGGGGUACAGACCCUUGCUCCGGCAGGGUAGAGGUGUACCAUAAUGGCUCUUGGGGGACCGUAUGCAAUAAUUUUUGGGACCUGGACGAUGCUGCAGUGGUGUGCAGGCAGCUGGGAUGUGGAGCGGCCCUCAGGGCAGAAAGGGAGGACAGUUUCAAGAAGGGAGAUGGUGUCAUCUGGCUGGAUGAGGUGAACUGCAGGGGCAGUGAGCUCUAUCUGUGGCACUGUUCUUUUUCAGUGCAGCAGAGCAGCUGCUCACACAAGCAGGAUGCUGGGGUUACCUGUGCAGAACUCAUCAAGAGUGAACAUGACCGACUAGAUCUAGCCAUCUAUGAGGAGAUUGAUAACAAAUAUACUAUCCAAGCAACUGAGCAAGUAAUUUGGGUUACAUGA